UCUGAAUAUUAUGAUUUAUUCUUGUCUAAUUGUUAUAAUUUCAAUAUAAUGAAUGUUAAAUACGUACAGUAAUCGGCGCUGUCUUAAAAAGGCUUUGGAACACGGUUUGACAGUGUAAUGCAGUGAGCUUUACAUAAACACAGUAGAGCGCACCGGGACUCGUUUCUGCACAGAAGAUGGACGUCGCUUACGUCUGCGAGUGGGAAAAGAGACCGAAAAGCAACCACUGCCCCUCCAUCCCACUCGUGUGUGCCUGGUCCUGCAGGAACCUCGUUGCCUUCACCACCGACCUCAAAAACGAGGAGGAGAAAGACCUGACUCAUAUGAUCCACAUCAUUGAUACCGAGCACCCCUGGGACAUCUACUCCAUCAAUUCAGGACACAAUGAGGUCAUCACGUGCCUGGAAUGGGACCAGUCCGGCUCGCGGCUGCUCUCUGCUGACGCGGACGGGCAGAUUAAAUGCUGGGGGAUGGCAGAGCACCUGGUGAACGGCUGGGAGAGUUCCCUGGGGAGUGCUGUGGAGGGAGACCCCAUCGUCGCCCUGUCCUGGCUGCACAACGGGGUCAAACUGGCCCUGCAUGUCGAGAAGUCAGGCUCAUCGAAUUUCGGGGAGAAGUUUUCGCGGGUGAAGUUCUCUCCGUCUCUGACUCUGUUCGGAGGGAAGCCGAUGGAGGGCUGGAUGGCGGUGACGGUGAGCGGGCUGGUGUCCGUGUCUCUGCUCAAGCCCAACGGCACGCUGCUGACCGCCAGCGAGAGCCUGUGCCGACUGCGGGGCCGCGUGGCGCUGGCGGACAUCGCCUUCACGGGAGGGGGGAACAUCGUGGUGGCGGCCACCGACGGCAGCAGCUCCUCCCCGGUGCAGUUCUACAAGGUGUGCGUGGGGGUGGUGAACGAGAAGUGCCGCAUUGACACGGAGCUCCUGCCCUCGCUCUUCAUGCGCUGCACCACAGACCCGGCACGCAAGGACAAGUACCCCGCCGUCACACACCUCAAAUUCCUCACGAGGGAGAACUCCGAGCAGGUGCUGCUGUGUGCCUCCAGCCAGCUGGGCAGUAUUGUGGAGUGCUGGUCCCUGAGGAAGGAGGGACUCCCGGUCAACAAUAUCUUCCAACACCGCUCCCCAGUAGUGGGUGAGAAACAGCCCAUGAUCCUCAAGUGGAGAAUCCUGUCAGCCACCAGCGAUCUGGACCGUGUUUCAGCCGUGGCGCUGCCCAAACUGCCCAUUUCCAUCUCCAACACUGACCUCAAAGUGGCCAGCGACACCAAGUUCUGUCCAGGCCUCGGGCUGGCCCUGGCGUUUCACGACGGCAGUAUUCACAUCGUGCACCGGCUGUCUCUGCAGACCAUGGGUGUGUUCUACGGCAGCUCGGCCUCCUCUCAGCGCGGCCCCGACGAGCCGGCCCUCAAGAGGCAGCGCCCCGCCGGCACUGCCGGACACUUCAAGGCUCUGCAGCUCUCCUGGACCUCCCUGGCUCUCGUGGGCAUCGACAACCACGGCAAGCUGCACAUGUUGCGUGUCUCGCCUUCCAUGGGCCACACUCUGGACAUGAACACCUCACUGCGCCACCUGCUGUUCCUGCUGGAGUACUGCAUGGUGACCGGCUAUGACUGGUGGGACAUCUUGCUGCACGUGCAGCCUGGCAUGGUGCAUAACCUGGUGGACAAGCUUCAUGAGGAGUACAUGCGCCAGAACCAGGCCCUGCAGCAGGUCCUGUCGACGCGGAUCGUAGCUAUGAAGGCAUCUCUGUGUAAGCUGUCGAGUGCCACCGUGGCGCGGGCCUGUGAUUACCACGCCAAGCUCCUGCUCAUAGCAAUCAGCUCCACACUCAAAUCGCUGCUGAGACCUCACGUGCUCAACACCCCUGACAAGAGCCCUGGAGACAGACUGGCUGAGAUCUGCGUGAAGAACACUGACACAGAUAUCGACAAGGUGAUGAUCAAUCUGAAGACAGAGGAGUUUGUGCUGGACGCCUCCACCCUGCAGUCUCUGCAGCAGCUCAUCCAGUGGGUGGGAGACUUGGUGCUGUACCUGCUGGCCAGCCUGCCCAACCAGGGCUCUCUGGUGCGGCCGGGGUUUGGGUUCCUGCGUGACGGCCCCUCUCUGGGAAUGCUGCGGGAGAUGAUGGUGGUGAUCCGGAUCUGGGGUCUCCUGAAGCCUGGCUGCCUGCCCAUCUACACAGCCACCUCGGACAACCAGGACAGCAUGUCUCUGCUGUUCCGCCUGCUCACCAAGCUCUGGCUCUGCUCCCGUGAUGAGAACCACCCUUCAGAACCAGACGAUUCCCUUAUAGAUGAGUGCUGCCUCCUGCCCAGCCAGCUGCUGGUGCCCAACAUGGACUGGCUGCCCGUCAACGACGGGGUGGUGAGCAAGCUGCAGAACAAGCAGCCUCUGCGCCUGCAGUUCGGGAAGCCCUACAGCCUGCCAGGACUCGGCUCGGGGGCGCCGGUAGAGAUCUUCUCCAGGACCCCCGGCUCUCAGAGGAUGGACAAUCUGCGCUGUCUGCACCUGGGCGUCUGCCCCACCGAGGACAGCAAGGCAUGCACCAGGUGUGGCUGUGUCACCAUGCUGCGAUCGCCCAACAAGACCACCGCAUUGAAGCAGUGGGAGCAGCGCUGGAUUAAGAACUGUCUGUGCGGGGGGCUGUGGAGAAGGAUCCCCACCACUGUGUCCUGAGAGAGAAACCCCAAACCCCACCCCGACCUAGCCCAGGGUCGAGACUUUGAACCUCAAUGGCCUUUCCUGAGUCUUUGUUGGACCUGCCAGAUUUUUGGAUUUCAUUUUGUAAAUAGUCUUUUUUUUCUAAUAGUUGUUUGUAUACAGUUGAUGUUUUUUUUCUUUCUUUAAUAAAUACAUAUCAUGUUGCUCUUGUCCAGACAAGCUUCAGAUUUACUAUAUCUUUGUAGUGCUGAUAUAAUUUGCACAGGUGAGGCACUAAGUCAAAGUGACUUCAACAGUGAGCCCGAUUUCCCAGGAUGAGAAGGCAUGACUAAUUUAAUCUGAAUAAAUGGCGCAAUAUUUUUGUGACUACUCCUGCAGUAUAAUUU